CAGCCUUCCUCUCAGAUUCUUAAAACCUCUACUUACUAUCUCAGUUUUACUUCCUAAGUAUUAAGUCUUGUGCAUCACCUUGAUAUCUUCCAACACCAUUUAUGGCAAAGUCAUCCCUUCACUCUACCACUAAUGGAAGCCUCAUCACUGUUCUUAGCAUUGAUGGAGGUGGAAUAAGAGGGAUUAUUCCUGGAACUAUACUCAGUUUUCUGGAGUCUGAGCUUCAGAAACUGGAUGGUAAGGAUGCAAGGCUCGCAGAUUAUUUUGAUGUGAUUACAGGGACGAGCACAGGUGGCCUUGUGACUGCCAUGCUUACCACCCCAGAUGAAAAUAAGCGUCCCUUGUAUGCUGCUAAAGAUAUUACCGCUUUUUAUCUUGAAAACUGCCCUAAAAUUUUCCCUCAGGACAGUUCUAUUGUUGCCAACUUGAAAGUUUUGGGAAAACCAAAAUAUGAUGGGAAGUAUUUACAUUCCCUAUUAAAGGAAAAGUUGGGAGACAAGCACUUGCGCCACACCUUGACUAACGUUGUAAUCCCAACUUUUGAUAUAAAGCGGCUGCAACCAGUUAUCUUCUCCAGCUAUCAGUUGAAAAAGAACAAUAGCCUAGAUGCUUUGCUAUCGGAUAUAUGUAUCGGAACUUCAGCAGCCCCGUACUACCUUCCAGCAUAUCAAUUUAAAUCGACUAAUUCAUCUGGUGAAACAAGAGAAUUCAAUCUCACUGAUGGUGGUGUGGCUGCUAAUAACCCGGCUUUGGUUGCUAUGAGCGAAGUGACAAAACAAAUCCAGGGCAACCCUGACUUUGUUCCUUUGGGCGCAAAUGACAAGUUGUAUGAGCGGUUCCUAGUUAUAUCACUGGGUACCGGUACAACAUCUGAGGAGAAGUACGAUGCCAAAGAAGCAUCUGAGUGGGGUGCUUUGGGAUGGUUGAUUGGAUCUGAUUUUUCAGCUCCUCUGGUAGAUAUAUUCAGUCAAGCAAGUAGUGACAUGGUUGAUUUCCACCUUGCUACCGUUUUCCAAGCACUUGGGUCUCCCGACAAUUAUCUUCGAAUUCAGGAUGACACACUGAGUGGAACUCUGGCUUCUGUGGAUAUUGCUACUUCAGAAAACUUGAAUGAUCUCGUAAAAGUUGGGGAGAAAUUGUUAACGAAACCAGUUUCAAGAGUGGACUUAGAUACUGGAAAAGCAAAGCCUGUUCAUCCUGAAAUUACAAAUCAAGAGGCACUCAUAAGGGUAGCCGGGGUUCUGUCAAGGGAGAGGGGUAAAAGGAGCAAAGUUCAUAAACUGAAAUCAUCAUUGUAA